GAGUCUUAUUCUGCCUUAGUAUCUACCUAGGUACCUAUCGCCCUUCAUUUUCUAAUGGAAGACUAUAUGCCUAUGCUAUUGGCUGAGUUUAGGAACAAAAUUGGCUAGUUGCUUAUUCUCUGGUUACACUGAAGCUCAGCCUCACCAUGAUCAUUCAUCUAUCCAAGCAUUCAACCCAUUCACUCAAGGUGGUUCCCGAUGCCCAACCUUCACAAAAACUCGCAAAAAUUGCAAUAGCUAACGCUGCUGUGCAGCUUUGGCCUCAAUGUCGAGGAAAGAACCUCAUUCAAUCCACAAGCAGAAUAUAGACGGGAAUGCUCGGGUUCAUAAUGGUGACACAUACAUCUGGACAGGUGACGAAUUCGACGUGUAUCGCAAAGAUCGCCCUCGCGAUAGGCUGACCGACGACCGUGGUCAAUUUAUCACCCGCAUCUUAGGAACGUUGUCGUUUGAUCAGAUGCAUACUCGCCAGCAGAAUCUACAGCAACCUACCCCGAAGACUUGCAGAUGGAUUCUGGAGACCCCCACAUACAGAACCUGGGUCGAUCCAGGAAAAUUUCACAUUCAUAAGGGAUUCUUCUGGAUUAGGGGGAAGCCUGGUGUGGGGAAAUCAAUACUCACGAAUUAUAUGCUCACUAACUCAGUCAAACAAAUGCCGCGUGCGAAGCCGAUUUCAUUUUUCUUCAAUGCACGCGGGCACGAGUACGAGCGGGCGCUGUCUGGGCUAUAUCGGAGUAUGUUAUUCCAACUUCUUUCCGCAUUCCCAGAUAUUGCUCAAGCAUUUUAUGACCUCAACUUUCGAGACCCCGGAAUGGUCGAACGAAACGGUUGGCAAGAGCAAAGUUUAAAGAAUGUCAUUUCGCGCGCUAUUGGCAAACUAAGAGGCCAACAUGUCGCGUGUUACGUCGACGCUUUAGACGAGUGUCCCGAAGCGCAGACUCGAAGCAUGAUCCAAUUCUUCCGAGGCCUUGGCGACCAAGCUUCUGAGGCUGGUGUCCGCCUUAACGUAUGCUUUUUGAGUCGACAUUAUCCCAACAUAUCGAUUGGUAGAGGGUUGUAUUUAAUAAUCGAGCGAAACGGUGGUCAUCAGCUUGACAUGAAACAAUACAUCGAAACCAAUCUUAUAGAUGAUUCAUCAUUAGUAUCAAGGCAAGAGAUCAAUGAUCAUAUCCUCGAAAAGGCAUCUGGAGUCUUUCUCUGGGUGGUUCUGGUCAUUCCAAUGUUGAACGCGGCCUUCGAUUCGGGGAAAACAGAAGCUCUAAACGAUUUACUUUGUAGAUUACCGUCAGAACUUAUGGAGCUAAUCUACGAUAUGCUGACCCGCGAUUCAGAAGAUUGGGGAGCUAUGCUUCUUUGUAUCCAGCUAGUUAUGUCCGCGCGUCGAUUAACCUCAAGAGAGCUCUAUUUCGCCAUCCAUUCUGGGCUUAACUAUAAAACCCCGCCAGGCAAUUCGAUAUCAGGAGAAACCAUACGCCGCUAUAUUAUCAGCUCGUCGAAGGGUUUGGUUGAAGAAAUUACGGAUGAACUGCAAGGAGGUUGGAUACAAUUCAUUCAUGAAUCAAUUCGGGACUUUUUUCUGACCCAGGAGAACGGAAUUCGGCAAUUCUGGCCCGAUCUAGGCGCCGGAUUCAUGGGUGAAAGUCAAGAAGCUAUGAAACAGGCCCGUUUUAAUCAGGUACAAUCUGUUCUAGUCCCUAACAUGCCUAAAGCUAUCUAUCUUUUCAGGAAAGACGGGUCGCGCUACAUCUCUGGUCUCGAUCCCCAGCUGAAAGGUCGAAUAGGAGAGACAUAUCCGUUUCUCUGGUACGCUAUCGAUAACACCCUAUUCCAUUCUAACGAAGCAGAGUCUCUUGGAGUACAGCAGUCAAUUUGGAUGCAACAUGUUAUAUCAACACAAUGGAUCGGCUUGCGCGACCUUCUAUAUUUUCGUGGGGGCGCUUAUUCCCGACCCGAUGCGAAUAUAUUAUUUGUUCUAGCAUCUCAAAACUUGAUUCACCUGGUUAAACACUGCCCAGGUAGAACGGACCACUUGAAUGUUCAGGGGGGAUACCCUUUAUGUGUUGCAUUAGCAUAUGGCCAUUGCGAAGUUGCGCGAUACCUUGGCCUUGAGGUAUUUCUGGAACAAGGCUUAGUCGUUGAACUUAACGAACGAGACGAAGCAUACUUUUCUAAACCGGGGGACAAUCGAUACUUUGACCCCUCAGUGAGCCUGCUGGCCCAGUUAGCACAACUCGACUCUGCCACAGCCAUGAAGAUCGUGUUGCAGGUAUUAGGAAAAAACACCUUCAACCAGCUAGAUGAUGGAGGCCAGACACCAUUGUUCCAUGCUAUUAAUAAUGGAUCUGUCAAUGUAGUUCAAUGGUUGUGUUCAGAAGAAAGCAUUGGUCUCAAUAUUGUGGGCGAUAAGGAUCACGCUGUGUUGACACAUCUAUGUAAAGACCUCCGAAAUUCGCACAUCAACCGCUUCAGCGAGGGGAAGUAUCAAGACAUCCUACAAGCUUUAGUACGCUCUGAAAGGGUCCAAAAAGAUUAUAGGGAUGCUCUUGGUCGAACUCCUCUCUCAUAUGCCGCCGAACACGGCCCAGGUUGGGUCAUAAAUUUGUUGCUUGAAACUAAGAAAGUCGAUAUUAAUUCGAGGGAUAAAUUAGGUCGUACGCCUCUCUCUUACGCGGCUGAACAACCUUACCGGGAGUUUAUAUAUACCCUUUUCUCUUGUAAGGGCAUUGCUGUUAACUUGGGGGAUUGCUACGGUCGAACGCCUCUAUCAUACGCGGCUGAGUGUGGUCAUCAUGGGAAUGUAGAGGUUCUUCUCAAUUCGGGAAAAGCGAAUGCGAAUCUAAAGGAUGCCUUCGGGCAGAGUCCUUUACAUUGGGUGAUAUUGAACAACGAUGAGUGGCAAGAUCACCUGAUUGCUCAUCGUAUCCGGAAGACUGUGUAUGUCUUACUGAAGACGGGACGGGCGGAUGUUGACUCGGAAGCCAACGAUGGCUUGACGCCCUUAACUAGGACCAAACUCAUUUUACAGAAAGAUAUGAGGCACAUGAAUGCUCUGGAUGUGAGUUGUUUUAUGGACUGCAUCGAAACUAUGGAAAGGUAUAAGCUUGGCGAGAGUAUAGAAGGGGUCUGGCUACCAAAAGUGGGUAUUGUAUCAGAUUACUGGAUCGAUAUAAAUAAUCCUGAAUAGGGGUUGUAAUGAAGGCAAAUAGAUCCUAAACUUUAGUAAAUAACAACAACGGGGCUACACGAAUCCCUACUGGUAUAGACGCACUAGGAGCCAUAACGUAAUAAUAUUCACUA